CCCCAUGAUCUUGCUCUGAGCUCGAGCUGCCGGUUCUUGUGCUGUUCUGAGCGAGCACUCGAGUGAAUCCGUCGGAAAAGGGAAGAAGAACAUGGCGGAGACGCACGGGACGGAGGCCGCCGGCAAGUUCCCGGAGGGGAUGCGCGUGCUCGCCGUCGACGACAACCCCGUCUGCCUCAUGCUGCUCGAGACUUUGCUGCGCCGUUGCAAGUACCACGCGACGACGACGAGGGAUGCGGAGACGGCGCUGCGGAUGCUCAGGGAGAGGACGGAGGAUUUCGACCUGGUGAUCAGCGACGUGCACAUGCUGGAGAUGGACGGCUUCAGGCUGCUCGAGCUCAUCGGCCUCGAGAUGGAUCUCCCCGUGAUCAUGCAAUCCGCAAAUGGGGAGCUGGAAACUAUGAUGAAGGGUGUGACCCAUGGGGCAUGUGACUACUUGGUGAAACCAGUGCAACUCAAGGACAUCAAGAACAUAUGGCAACAUGUGGUGAGGAAGAGGAAGCCUGACCUAAGGAGCCACAAUCGUGGUGACAAUGACAGUGCUGAUCAGAAAGUGCAAUCAGGGAAUGCUGAGGGUGGGCGGGUUGGUGCAACACGGACCAGGAGGAAGUAUUCAAGGAAGAAGAGAAGUGAUGGAGAUAAUUAUGAUGGGAACAAAGAAAACAUGGAAUUUUCAACACAGAAGAGAACAAGGGUCGUCUGGACAGCUGAUCUGCACAGGGAUUUUGUCGAAGCCGUCAAUCAGCUUGGCGUUGAUAACGCUGUUCCGAAGAAGAUAUUGCAGAUCAUGAAAGUGAACUACAUGACUAGAGAGAAUAUUGCAAGUCAUCUUCAGAAAUAUCGGUUAUACCUGAAAAGGAUCAGUGAUUACACAGGCAUGAGUCCCGAUCAAUUUCCUGCAAGAUGGAGGUAUAUGAAUGAACUGCAGUGUCUAAAGAAUUACCAUGAACAUGGAAGAUACCAUCUGUCACCAGCCAUUGCCUCCUCAAACUCGAGCAAUCCAUUUGCAAGGAUGAAUUCUGCAUCUGCAAUGGGAACACAUGGCUUGCUGCCCACUCAGUCAGUUCAGCUUAGAAAUAGCAAGAGCAGCCUGGGCAUGAGGACAGUUGGCCAUGGUGGAAGCCCACUCAGCCAUGCUGUGUCUGAGCCACUGCGGUACUCAUCAAAUAGUAGGCUGCCACAUGCAAGAAAUUGCUUCCCUUCUGGGCCAUCUGGAAGCUCACUUGCAAACAUAUCAAAUGGCUCGGUGUUGGAUACAAACUAUUCUUCUAACUCAUAUGCUGACAUGUUCUGUAAGAAGCUGUGGGAGACAAACUGUGGAUUCUUGGCACAUGCAAAUCAGUUUUCAGUGCAGUCAAAUUGUGGGUUUUCGGCACUUGCAAACCAGUGUCCAGAGCAGUCAAAUGGUGAGUUUUUGGCACCUGCAAGUCGGUUUCCAGUGCAGUUAAAUGGUGGGGUUUUGGUGCCUGCAAAUCAGUGUCCAGUGCAGUCAAAUGGUGGGUUUUUGGCUCCUGCAAAUCAGCUUCCAGUGCAGUCAAAUUGUAGGUUUUUGGCUCCUGCAGAUCAGUUUCCAGUGCAGUACCCUGAUUUAAAUAACCAUCCUUUGGUUCAGAUGAAUCCACCUUCUACAAAUCUCUUGAGCACAGUUGGCAAUACUCACCAUUUUCCAGACCUUGGAAACUGUAGCAAAUCCUGGCAAACUACAGCGCCAUCAAUGUUUCAUGGUCUUUAUCAUAAGGAUGGAACAUCUCUAGGCCCGUCGCAGACGAGCAUUCCCAAUAUCAACCAGCUUUCAAACUUUGCAACCUCCAGUGGCCAGGUACUGAUGUUUGGAAAUGAAUUGCAUGGUCCAAUGUCAACAAUCAUGAGCGACAGCACAUCGGUCACAGAUUUCAACGAGCAGAUGGGGCCAUUCAACAUCGGAAACAACACGAGCUCAACAGAAAUGCUGCAUCGAAGCUUCACACUUGGCAGUAAUUCAAGCAUCAGUCCUACAAUACCAAGUGAUUCAAGCAUCAGUUCUACAUUUCCUGGCCUUCAAGUAGACAGCUUUGCCAUGCCAACUCAGAUGCUGAAUGGUGGAGAUACGAAUGGCAUUUUCCCUGUGCUCAGUGACACAAUUGAUCAGCAAGAUAUUUUUGAUCAACUCGAUGACAACAAUGGUUUCCUCACAAGAACAAAUGGUCCAGAAGGGACAGGCACUUUGGAUGACAUUGUUGCUGGGCUGUUUAAUCAUGAUUUUGCAAAAGGUGAUGGUGCUGUUGUGGACGAAGGCCAGGAGUUUGUUCCUUAGCCCCUGACUAUGUGAGAGGUGUUCUGUAUCUGUGUAGGCUAGCUGCUAAUUAAUCCAUGAGUAUUGCACAUUGUUUGUGCGAUAUUGUGCCUUCUGUAAUAGGCUAGUUAGAAGCAGUUCAUCUUCAGAAAAAGUUCAUUUGCAUCUAGAGUAGUCAUAGGGAACUCCAUCUAUACCAACAAUAGCUUUCAGCUUCGCUGUGGUCUUUUAGAUCAUAAAAAAUAGAGUUAUGUCAGGUUGAACCUGUUUUCCUUUAUGUUUUAGAUGAUAAAAUGGAAUAAUUUUCAUGAAUUUUUCGAAAUGGUGUGCU